AUGGGCACGAACAAGAUUCCCGAUGCCUGGGACGAUGAGGAUUGGGAAGCGCAGGCGGACCGCAUGGCAAAGGAAAACCCGCCCAAGCCGGAGCCUCAAGCGGCCAUGACGCGGGCAGAGCGUUUAGCAAAACACGAAGAAGAACAGCGUAAGCUGUGGAAGUCAGCGGAAACGCCCGAAGAACCCCCCAUCCUGCCGUCCCUCAUCAACCCAGUUCCGCUCACGACACCUUUCAAACCUGCCGUCAAACUCCUCAGCCGCAAGCCAGCGCCACAGAUGAUCGCCAAGAGAGACCCCGUGACAGGUCUCGAAAAGUUGACACUGCAAGACGACGAGGAGGAUGAAGACGCCGGGAAGAAGAAGCAAGAAACAAUUGAAGAAAUCCGGAAGCGGCAGCAGCGUGAGCUCGAGGAGAAGCAGCGGCGGUACGAGGAGGCGCGAGCUAAGAUCUUUGGCGAUUCGAACCCGUCGUCGGGACAAUCCACUCCAGGAAGUGUCACGCCGCCCCAGGGAAACGAGGUGCGGCAGAAUCGCAGGGGGCGAGGCCGAGGGCGUGGAGGCAGCGGCGGUGGCCGUGGGCGCGAUCGCGAUCAUGAUAACGGGCGGCAGGACCGGCAACGACAAGCCAGCCCUCAAGCCGGCGGCACAAGGGAACUAUACGACCCCGGCUAUUCACCGAAACCAGGGUUCAACAUCCAGAAGCAUGGAGAUGCCUCUGCAAACCUAGGAGACCAGCUGACCGCGCCCCGUGAGGAGGAUCAGAUAAUACGGGCACCCAGAGGACCUGACAGCAGCGGGAAAGGUUUUGGUUUCGCCAGACGAGGGGCUAAAGGAGGGUGA